UCGAACGAUAUGCUUCUCGUCCCGCGAAUUCUUCGCUCGUUCGUGGCGAUCGCUAUUAUUCGAGAAACGCUCGCGUUCGAUUCGUUGGACCGAUUACUCGAGGACGCGAUACCUAUACUAUUUCCACCGGUCAGAAUGUCGUUGCAUCUCUGUCGACUCGGGCAAGAGGACGCGAUCGAAUUAUCCAAGAAGAUGUCGAGCAAGCGUUUGAUUCACGAGAUUCAUCGGGAACUCGAUGGAUUCGCGGCACGGACGCACGAUAUUUGGGAGCAUCGAGAUUUGUACGUGUUGGAUUUGAAUUGCGAUUAUGCGAUUCCAUUGUUGCGAGCGGCGAACGGGACAGGUAUGCUCUCCGCGCCGAUAAAAUGGCUGCUGCUUCGAGAUCGAUCGUCGGUCGAUGGAGAUUCGACGGGCGAAAGAGAAACGUUGAAAAACAUGGCCGUAUAUCCUGACAGCGAAGUGAUCGUCGCGAGGGAAAGAAUGAACGGUGUCGUGGAGAUAAGCUCCGUGUACAGACCCAGUCCUUUCCACGAGACGAUCGAGGAGGAUCGAGGGAACUGGACGAUCGAAUAUGGCGUACGAAUGCCAAAUCUAUAUCCCUCGUCGCGACGAAGAAGAGAUCUUCGACGCACGCCGUUGAAAUCCUGCCUCGUGAUGACCGAUCCCGAUACGAUCAACCAUUUAACUGAUUACGAAAAUAAGCAUAUAGAUCCAGUUACGAAGGCCAAUUAUCCUUGGAUAAUGCACAUAGCGAAUCGAAUGAACGCAACAAUUAGCUUUCGCGUAACGGAUAGCUGGGGAUAUCGAAGCGAGAACGGUACGUGGAGUGGUAUGACGGGGAUGUUGCAACGUAGGGAAAUCGACAUAGGCGGGACGGGAACUUUCUUUAUUCCACAACGUAUCGGUGUGGUAGAUUAUAUACAACUUUACACGCACACCAGAGCAUGCUUCAUCUUUCGUCAACCUUUGCUGUCCACCGUUAGCAACAUAUUCACGCUACCGUUCCAACGAUCCGUUUGGAUUGCGAUCGCAGUUUUCCUCUUGCUGUUACUCGGAUUGCUCUGUUUCUCCACCAAAUGGGAGUAUCGAAGAGGUGCAUCAACGAGCACGGCUCGAUAUUGGCAACAAUUCAAUCCAGCCGAACAAACGGUUAGCGAUAACUUGAUGGUUGUAUUGGGAGCGAUCGCGCAACAAGGAUAUUCUUACGAGCCAUAUCGCGUUCCCUCGAGAAUAGUUACCUUGAUGCUUUUGAUCGCAGCGCUUAAUUUGUACGCUUCUUACACGGCAAACAUCGUCGCUCUGCUUCAAUCGACCACCGACUCUAUCAAAACACCGGCCGAUCUGUUGCACAGCCCGUUGAAAUUGGGCGCUCAAGACGUGGUAUAUAGCCGACAUUAUUUCAAGAGUUUUCAAGAUCCGAUACGAAGAGCGAUAGUCGAUCAAAAAAUCGAGCCGAAGGGUCAAAAUGGUUCGUGGAUGUCAGUCGAAGAAGGUGCACGCCGCGUCAGAAACGAACUGUUUGCGUUUCACGCGGAACGAGGCGCCCUCUACAAGAUCAUGCAGGAAACGUAUUUCGAGGAUGAGAAAUGUGGAAUCAUGGAAAUAGACGUAAUGAAUAUGUUGGAUCCGCUUCUAGUUAUUCAAACUCGAUCCCCGUAUUUAGAGAUCGUCAAGAACGCAGCUCUUCUAUUGAGAGAAACCGGACUCAAAGUUCGCGAAGAUGUCCGACUGUACACGAACAAGCCCAAGUGUCAUGAACGGAAGAGCUUCGUUAGAAUAGGUUUCACCGAGUGUUACUUCGCGCUGGUCGCGUUAGGUUAUGGGACGCUUCUCAGUCUCGUCGUGUUGGCGAUCGAAAUCGUUUGGCAUAAAAAAAUCCAGCAAAUUCGUUGGGGUCGAACAUUGAAGAGUAACGAUGCAAUGACUAUCGCGACGUGGAGCAAAGCUGUUCCGUUCGAAUUCGAAUUUGAGGAGGAGGACGAGCAUCCGACGACGAGAGGGGGGAUUCGAUCGAUAACUCGAUUCGAUUCGAUGAACCUACGUAAAAACCGAUUCGAGCACGAUGUUGUGACGCAUCGACUCCAUGGUAACGACGGGAGAAAAAGGAAACAGAGAGAGGUAAGUAUCGCGUUUUCUAUUAUUCAAGAUAGGAGGAUGUCGUUGUUCAAGACGAAAGAAUGGUGGCAAACGAGAUGCGGAGCAAACGAGACUUUCGACAAGCACAGCUUGAUGGCAGCGCCGUUGUUCGGGAAAGAAAGGCACCACGAUAUCAUUGUGGUGACUAGUCACGAUGGUUACCUAAGGAUGUACGACCCGUCUUCUCGAUGGAUAGAUGAAACGAAAUCACCGACCAACUACAAAUCGACCGAUCUCAUGAUCGAGAAGCGAGUCGGCGAUUGCAUCGUGGAUGUUAAAACGGGCAAAUUCGUUUCGGGAUCGCAGGAUUCACGGCUAGCCGUGUUGACCGAUUCAAAGCUGCUCGUCUACGAUAUGAUUUUGGUCGAAGGAUCUGAAACCGAAUACGGGGAUCGAUGCGAGUUGAAGAUCAAUUACGAGCAUCGAUUGCCGAGGUUCCCGGCCUCCUUGACGGUUGGGCCAUUCGGCGGGGUCCGCGGCAGGGAUUUUCUCUGCGUUCAAUGCCUGGACGGUACCCUUUUGUUCUACGAGCAAGAGAUGUUCGCGUUCAGCCAGACGACGAGGAAUCAAUUGCUGGCCGAGCCGAUCGUCUACGUAUCCCGAUACGAUCUCUNNNUGGCCGCCACCUCCUCCUGGAUACUCGAAUGUCAUAGGCACGUGGAUUUCUUCUAGCUAGCUUGAAAGAGGAAAAACUUAGAACACCGUUUGCCCAGGUAUCAAAGCAUGGCUGAGUGGUCGAGGAUCGGUCACAAAGACGGGGACGGCGUUGAGGAGGGGCAUGGAAGAUCCAGCAGCAGUUUGGAACCGGAUUGGACGUUCAACAUCGGUGAACCGAUCCUCGGCAUCGAGACUGUCACUUUGACUAGUUUCGAGAUCGGGAUUGUGGUACUCGGCGAGAGACAUCUCUAUUGUCUAAAAGACAACUGCGCCUCGGUCAAAUACGCGAAGAGGUUCGAGUACAGGCCUGUCUGUUUUCGAGCUUAUGUAAUCGAACCGGACGGGAAAUUGAUGGUGCUGGUGAUCGCCGACACGGGUACUCUGAUGAUCUACGAGGGAACCACAUUGAAAUGGUCGGCAAAAUUGCCCUUCACACCUGUCACCGUGGCCAGGGUUCAACUUCGGCACUUGGAGGGCGCUAUAGUCGUUCUAUCGGCGGACGGUCGGUUGGAGGCUUGCUACCUAGGCUCGGAGCCGAGUUUGUUCGUCGCCCCCCCUCUUCACCCGCGCGGCUACGAUUACGCGGCCGCUGAACAAGAAUUGUCGAAGCUGCGUGAGAGUGUGUGUACGAGGAAGGAGGAUCGAACCAGCGAUGCUGGAGCGGAAGCGGAGCUCGUAGUUACGGUAAACGCAUCCAUGGACUCGGAUCCGUCGCCCGUUUGCGAGGUCGACGUACAAUUGUCCUCGUACGCUGCUCUUCGCGACGUUCAGGUUUGCGUCCACAACCACUCGAGGAGAAUGGUGGUGAGUGUGGAAGGGGAUUGGCCGUCGUACACGAUGGACGUGAUCGUGGUGGUCACGUAUAGGACGGACGAGGGUGUGCUGCGAGCCGUGAGAAAAAUCGGCCAAAUACCGAUAAAAAUGGCGUUGAGAAGCUGCCCGCCCGAAAAAUCCUCCUCCUUCGUGACCGUCGUCAAAAGCAACGCUCCGUCGACCCUCCCCUUCACCCAACUGUUUCCCGAAUUCGUAUGGGCGGAGGAAUCGGCGCAGAGGCAAGGUUGGAACGCGGUGGGGCUCGGCCACGUGAAUUCGGAUCGCAGGGUAACAGUGGUGUCCAGCGUGGCGAAUAAUCGUUACCGCGUCCAGUCGAGCGACGGGUCGUCCUCGACCUUGAUCGUGCGCCGAUUGAUCGACAGAUGGGCGAGGAAGAAGGGAGAGGGGGGGAACUCGGUGCAUCAGAGGAUGGACGAUCAUUUCGGGGCUCGGCGUGAGAUCGAGAAGAUAACGAACGAGAUCGGAUUGUUGACCAAUCAGUUGAGGAGUAUCGCAAGAAAGAUGGUAAGGAUCGUGAGAGAGAGGAACGAGCGAUCGUUGACCGACACAGGCUUACCCUUCCUCUUCGAAUCCACGUGCAGCUCCAUCUUCGCGCGCCUCGAGGAUCUCGCGAAGGCACGAGCGAAGCGGGAGCGAAGCGGGCACGAGCUUCGAUGCAACGUCGAAUUGUUGUUGGCGUUGCUGCGGUCGAACGUGGCCGAGGACAAGUACGAGGCGCUGAGGACGGCUAUAGGAUUCGAGCCGUCCGAUCGAACGGAUUGGGAGGAGAUCGCGAACGCGGGGCUGGCCGCGUUGCUCAAGUCCGUGUCGAGGAAGAGCGGUGGAUUUUCGGAGACGAGAUCGUGGACCGGCUUGGUUCCAAUAACGUCCGAGAGAGAGAUGGCGAAAGUGAAGACUCGGCUGAGCCACGCGAUAGGACGACUCGGUGCCUCGAGGGAAUCGGACAUCGCGGAGAUCGAGAACAACGAUUUUCCUCCAGAAUCGGCGUAACCGAAGAAGAAACCGAGGCCGAGUGAUUCGUCGUCGUGAUUCAUCGUGGCGCCGCGAUUCCGCUUUCCCGACUGGUUAAUUAAUGGCGAGGAUGACGGCGAAUAGAGAGAGAGAGAGAGAGAGAGAGAGAGAUCGGACGACUCUGUUUCUCUCGAACGCGAUGAUAUAAUCGGUUAAUAGGUGGAGACGUUACUUUUUCCUUUCGCUCGCCCGUGUUGCCGAUCGCGCGGAAACGCGGUGGUUUCCGAUUGCGAGGGGGCGAUCGAUCGGCCAGGGUUAAAAAAGGAGGACGGAAAACGAGCGAUUGUAACCGCCUCCGGAAGCGAUUGAUUGCGAACGCCGCUAAUUAGCUCGCCAUAUACCGAUAAAACCUGCCCCUUUGCCUCCUCGCCUCUUCGCCGCUUGGCGAGCGAGAACGGCUUUGAGCCGCCCCUCCUCUCUCCUCCUCCUUCUGCUCGGCUGAAGCAGGAUACGCGGCUCGUUUCCGGAAACGCGAUCGAGAUUACGCGCCGACCAUACGCCGCAACCUUCUUCCUUUUUCACGGCUCGAGAUUGCGUCGCAACUCGACCUCAACAAUAUAUUCCCGAGUUUCAAUUUCGAUCGAUGAACAGGAAUCGUGGAAUUUUGGAAAUUCUCUUCGAUUUCAUCGUUCCAAUUAUUUUUCUUGCGAAUCGCGGCCGAUCUCUCCGGCAACGGUCUGAGAUGCCCGAGACGAGGGAGAAAGCGACGUUUUAUGGACGUUAACGGAUCCAUAAAUCAUCGGUAAGCAUCGGUGGUGGUCGAGGACUCGGAAGAUAAGAUCGAACGAGAACGCGUUAAACGACGAUUAGCAACGGUGGUCCAAGGUCGAGAAGCGAACGGCCUGUAAACGGGUGAUGAUUCGUGGAAAACCGAGAGGUUGCGUCGUAGAAUUGGAAAAGAAAAUAAAUUUCGAGUCAGAAAUGGCCGUGUCUGUUCAACGUUCGAGCCCCGUUUAUUUCGAACAAAUAUCCCGAUCGUACUAUGUUUACGAUUCGAGCGUUUCGUGUAUACUUUGCUAGCGUUGGUCGCGCUAUGCUAUUGAGAGGGAGGGGGAAGGGGAAGAGGAGGAGGAGUAAUGGACGACGAAACGUUCGUUUCGAAAGAGUCGAGAUAUCGCUCGCGGGGCAACGAUAUACCCGCUUACUCUUCAGCCUCGACGUCUUCGCGUCGACACAUAGCGACCGAUUCGAAGGAAAUGUCUCGCGUCGUAAGCGAAAUUUCUCCAGGGACCGUGCCAUUCGAGAUUUUCACACGACCUUGGGCUCGUUAUGCGAAAGAAAGUAAAAGCGAUUGCGUUCCGUUCCUCUUUCACCUUUUCAUCUUUACGCCACGAUAUUUUCGAAACAAAUCCAUCUUUGUAACCAUAUAAUAAAGAUUGAAUUUGA